UAAGAAUGGAGAAUGUGAGCAGCACGAUUGACCUGAACACAGGCAACAUUUCACAGCUAGAGGUCUGUAGCAUAUCUCCUUGGUCAACUCCUGUGAUAAAUGUUGACUUUAGCUUAAAGCAAUUUCCAAAGGAAUCCACUCCAGACUACGUUUACAGACAGCACUUUGCAGAAAUUCAACAUCGUGACAGGAAUUUAAUUUCUAUUUCUACAGAUGGAUCUAAAUCUGAUGAUUACGUUGGCUCAGCUUUCGUCUGCCAGGAUGAAAUUGUGGCAGAACAAAUUGCAUCGAAUUAUUCCAUCUUUUCUGCAGAGUUGCAUGCUAUUUAUUUAGCUUUAAAGUAUAUAAAUAGGAAAGGUCAUCGUUGCUGUGUCAUAUACACUGACUCAGUUAGUGCACUUCAGGCUUUGAUCUCGUGUGAACCUAGUUCCCACUCCAUAGUGACGAAAAUUCAUAAACUGUUUUGCCAUCUUAUUGCAAGUAAUUUUUUUGUAAAAUUUUCUUGGGUCCCAGGCCAUGUAGGUAUAAAAGGAAAUGAAGAAGCGGACGCAGCUGCAAAGGCAGCUAGUCCUUUACAACAUAUAAUGUUUAUUGAAGGAGGUGAUUUGAAGCUAGUUGUUAAAAACCGACUAGCAGAGCGAUGGCAAAACAUGUGGAAUGCACAAAUCCACAAUAAACUACACGAGAUCAAGUUGAAUAUAGAAAAUUGGACACGUAAUAAACAGUAUGACAGGAGAUCUGAAGUAAUUCUUACUCGUUUGAGAAUUGGGCAUACUCGGUUGACUCAUCAAUACCUUUUGAAGGGUGAAGACCAGCCAGUAUGCGAGCAUUGCAACUGCUUUCUAAGUGUAAAACACAUGCUUUGCAACUGCACAGCUUUUGAUCAAAGUCAUAGACAGCAUUUUGGAAAUGCAAGUCUGAGAGAGAUUUUGGGCCAGAGGCCAAAUCUUGACAAAUUAUUGAACUUUUUGAAAGUGAAUAAUAUUUACACCGCGAGUAUGGAUUUUUUUCCAAAAAAUACUCAAUCCUCCUUCACAUCGAAAAUUAAUCCACCGAUAAAUUUAACAGGAUCUUGGGAAGUGGGUUUAUCCCAAAUAAUAAUACCACGUUCGUGGUUUAAUAUCACUAGUGAAAAUAACAAAUACGUCAUUACUACUAAGGAAAUGAAAUUGAUUAAAAUAAAAGCCGAAGAUUUAUCUACUCUAAUUCCGUUACAACCUAUGCAAGGAAACAACUCGAGUCAUAUAUUCGAAAAUAUUACGAAUAAUUUGAAAGCUUUGAAAAAGGAUCAUUNUAUCCGUCUGUCAGAAAAUCCAGGUAAAACUGGAACUGACUCAUAUGAGGACAAAAACACUCAAUUUGUAAUGAGUGUCACUAGUAAAUACACUCUUAUAAAUUGCACAUCUCAUCUACCAACGUCCAAGAUGCUGAUGGAUAAGAGAUCUUCAGCAUCUUUUAGUUACGAAGAUUCUGAUGAUUUAUCCAAAUAUGGAAUAAUUAUACAUAAUUUAAAUAAAAAGUCUAUUAUCUUGGAAUAUUAA